AUGGCGAAAAUUUUACAACGAGAUCAUCCAAUUCCUAUGAGAUCAAAACAAUCCUAUAAAUUUAAUUCAUUAGUCGGGGAAAAAUUAUGUGCUACAAAAACAUCCUGCAGUUACACGAGGGGUACAAAUGUGCAAAUGCUGUUGAGGAGAAAAUAUAAAGGAAAUAUUAUUGGAAUAAGGAAUAUUGUUGCGUAG